AGCUGUUUGUCAGCUGACCAAAGAAGGAACGUAUUAUUAUUUAGCUAGCUAGCUACUGUAGCAGUGCUGGAAAUGUCGUAGUUAUUUCCCCUUAGUAAUAAGCACAUUGAAUAUACUGCUAUGUCGUCUGCUUCUGAACUAUAGACAUUAUUGGGAAUAAUAACGUUAAUUGCUCUUGAAAUUAAGACUAGAGCUAAGUGAACGGCCCAGGCACUAUGCUUGACACGGCGGUGACUGCGGUGGUAAGGUUUGCCAAGUACAACAUUAGUGUGUUCCCCACACCUGUGGACAACACUUCUGUAUUUCCUACCUGGCAACCCAACUCCGAGGCCAACAUCAGCAAACCUCACAAAUGUCUACAAGUCCUUUACGAAGACAUUGGGGACUCCAGAGUUCGGUUUUGGGAUCUGUUGCUGCUGGUGCCCAAUGUUGCGUUCUUUAUAUUCCUGAUGUGGAAGCUUCCCUCCGCCAGGGCCAAGAUCCGGCUAACCUCAAGCCCCAUCUUCAUCACCUUCUAUAUACUGGUGUUUGUGGUUGCAGCAGUGGGAAUCACCCGGGCGAUAGUGUCCAUGACCGUCAGUGCCUCCAGUGCUGCUACCAUUAUAGACAAGGUGCUGUGGGAGAUAACUCGUUUCUUCUUGCUGACUAUUGAGCUCAGCGUUAUCAUUCUGGGACUGGCAUUUGGUCACUUGGAGAGCAAGUCCAGUAUAAAGCGUGUACUUGCCAUCACUGCUGUGCUAGCUCUGGGUUAUUCCAUUACACAGGGUACAUUGGAGAUCCUAUACCCUGAUGAGCACCUAUCCGCAGAGGACUUCAAUAUCUAUGGCCAUGGGGGACGACACUUCUGGUUGGCCAGCUCUUGCUUUUUCUUCCUGGUGUACUCUCUGAUCUUCAUCCUACCCAAAACCCAGAUGAAGGAAAGGAUAUCUCUGCCCUCUAAGAAGAGCUUCUACGUGUAUGCAGCCAUCCUGUCUUUGCUCAACUUGGUCCAGGGCUUGGGCAGUGCCUUGCUUUGUGCUGACAUAAUAGAGGGACUUUGCUGCGUGGAUGUCACCACCUUCCUGUACUUCUCAGUCUUCGCUCCGCUCAUCUAUAUCACAUUUCUCAAGGGCUUCUUCGGCUCGGAGCCAAAGAUCCUCUUCUCUUACAAGUCCCAGGUUGAUGAGCCUGAUGAGACAGAUGUGCACCUGCCCCCCACCACCUCCUCCAGCCUUGGUCGCAAGGAGUUGGAGCAGGGUUCCUUUUACUCCAGCACCCAGAUUGAUGGGUCUGACACUGGGGCCUACCUGGACGAUGUGGCAUCGGGACCCUAUGGGGCCGGUAGCAUCAACAGCAUUGACAGCGACCGCUGGAGGGCCAUCAAUGCCUAGUAGGAAAGGGAAAAAAGGAAGGAAAGAAGUGGAGCAAUGGGAAGGAUACAUUGAGUUGGACUGUGUAGGGAAUGACCAUGGUGGAUAAGGAGGUAAAUAAUUGAAGUAAAAGAGCAUGGAGAGGGCUUAAGUGGGAGCUCUGCUGGGGUAUAUUGAGACUAAUUAGGAAGGCUAAGCCAGAAAGGCAGAGGAGAUAUUGCACAUGAUGCCCCACCUCCUGUCAGGAUACUAAGAAUUGAGAGACUAUAAGAUUGCUCCUGGUUAGCUUUCAAGCAAGUGACAAAGUCCCUAACUGAAGAUAUUGUUCUCCAUUUGGCCCAUUGCAUCCCCUUCAUAUCAGCUGUUGCUGCCUCAUUCAGUCUGUUUCACACAUUUUACAAUACCUACUGUAGCCACAGCCACUGUGGAGGAAUACUUUCAUGCUUUGUAAGUAAAUCAGUGGUGUAUCAAGAUUAAAACAAAUCAAUGUUUAGUGUUCCAAUUCUAUUCUUCUAUUCUAUUUGGGAUUAUUGGGAAAUAUCAAUUUAUACCUAAUAAUUGUGACUCCCUUUCAAGCUAAGCCUCAGUUGUCUAGCAAAAGGACCUUCCCUACAAAUAGGGUAAUGUGGUAUUGUACCACAUUGUGAAUUCUUUAAUAACUGAAGUGUUGUUCUUCAUGUUUGAAAGGUUGUGUAAACUCAUGUUUUCAUAAUUUUACCACAUAAUUUAUUAGUGUGAGUUCAUGCACCCUUGGGACCAGCAUACCGAGCAGUGCGUUUGGUACAGUAUGUGUGAGACCCGCUGUUGGGUCCUGGUUGAGACCCCUCAUGGAAGCAUUCCCAAUGACAAUAUGUCAUAGAUACAUGUAAGAAUUUGCUGUUUUUAUAGAUUUAAAUUUGGUGAUUCAUUCCUUUUAUGUUGGGGAUUAUGGUGCACCAUAUUGAUCAUUCCUUGUAUUAAAUCUCAUUCUCAGUCAAUAAAGACCUUAUCCAAGAAAUGUAUUAGAAAAUAUUGCAAUCAAUUGAUAUUGUGUUUUGAUGACCCCUUUUAAAUUUAAAGAUACAGAAAGUUAGUUUUCCAUCCUGACAGUUUGCAAUAAAUCACAUUUUAAAGAUGUGGGACUACUUAACUCAAAUAAUUGACAUAAAACAGAAUUCAUUCUUAAUUUUUGAAACUGUGUUCUUGUACUAUUGCUAAGGACCAGUAAAUAUUACACAGUUUGUUUGGUGACCAACUACCUAUAUAAUAAAAAGAGGUAUUAAAAUGUUUAAGCUAAAAUACCCCAAAAAGGUGUAAUUGCUUGCCUCAUUUUCUGUCGCCAGCAACAGCUACCAGAGUAACAUCAUCAUGCAAUAAAUCAUACCUCUUCCACCA